AUGAUUUAUCCUUCACUUCCUGCGGCGGCGGCGGUUGCGCUGUCCAUCCUGUCGCUUCCUGGUGCAACCGCCACUGCACUCCUCGAAGGAUAUGGCAGAGAUCCCUACCCAGUUCCCUGUGCUCAGGCCUGCCAAUUCGCCGGCCCAACUGCCCUGCAAUGCCCCGAAUUCGAAGGCCUGAGUGCCGAAGAGAUGGCUCUGGCUUUCCCCUCGGGAGCUUGUAUGGCCAACGACACGGCUUAUCUGACGACGGUUGCCUGGUGCAUUCACAGUUACUGCGACAAGAGUAUCGAGACCUACAAGAUUGCCAACUUUUGGGAGACCAAGCUCAUUGCUGAGGAUGGCGUUGUCCUUCGUUAUACAUACGAGGAAGCCUUGGCGCAGAUCGAUCCCAAGAAGCCUCCCCAGCCUCUUGAUCUCGCCGAGACCGUUGUCAACCGGACUAUUGCGACUACGGAGGAUGUAUACAUCGGCUUUCUGAACGCUGUCAAGGCGUACCAGGCCAGUGGGAAGAAUGAAUCCAAGUAUUCGCUUGUGGUAUUCCUCUCGUGUGUCAUCAUCCCGAUUGCCUUUUCCUUUCUUCGCUUCGUCUGGAUCCCCGAACGUCUUCGAAGCAAGUUAUACGCCUACCUCAUCAACCCUCCGGCUUUUGGCAAGAAGCACAGUGCUCCUGUUCUGGGUCUCGGAAUAGUUCCAACGCGAGGCCAGGCUUUGUUCAUCAUGUACAUCAUUGCCAUCAACACCUUGGCCGUAUUCGAAGGGUACCCCAACUUUCAACCCAACGGCUACUUUCCGGAUCGUCGAUACGAGUUGAUGCGUCAGAUCGGUAACCGUGCCGGUGUCAUCGCUUUUGCCAACCUGCCACUUCUCAUUCUCUUCGCUGGAAGAAACAGUUUAUUGCUUUGGUUGACUAAUUGGUCCCACUCGACAUUUCUUCUGCUUCAUCGAUGGAUUGCUAUGAUUUCUAUCAUCCAGGUUGUGGUCCACUCGCUUCUGUGGCUUCAGAUGAUGGUUGAGUCUGACUCUCACGCCGAAGCUGUCACAUACCCUUACUGGUACUGGGGUAUUGUCGGUACCCUCGCCUUCUGUCUCUUUUGGCCAUUCUCUCUCCUUUGCGUGCGAAAGAUCCUCUACGAAAUCUUCCUCAUCGCGCACAUUUGCCUUGCUGUUUUGGCUAUCGUCGCCUCUUGGUAUCACAUUUGGUACUUGUACGAAGACUCGAGCGGUUUCGAGAUCUGGCUGCUGAUCGCGAUUGCUCUUUGGGGAUACGAGAGACUUUUGCGUGUUCUCCGAGUAUCCCACCAUGGCAUCAAGAGAGCUCACAUUACACGCAUCGAAGGCGACCAGUACAUCCGCCUUGAUAUCCCAGAAGUCGACUGCCAUGGCCACUGCUACAUCUACUUCCCAACUCUCACCUGGCGCGUCUGGGAGAACCACCCAUUCUCCGUUGUCAAGUGCAGUGUCGGUCAACUCAGCAACAACAUCAUUGAUUCGAACUCGAGCGCUCGAUCGCAGUCCGAGACUGAGGGUCCAACAGCGAUGGACCCGGACUCUAAAGAGACUGGGAAUGUCACUGCAAAUAGAGAUGUCAUUGCCAUCCGUACUGUUCAUACUCGGCCUGGCAUCACCCUUUUCAUCCGAGCUCAGUCUGGCCUGACCAAGAAAAUUGCAGUCAAGGCCAACACUGAAGGCGGAAUUCCGGUGCUUAUCGAGGGCUCAUAUGGCCAUGGAAGCACCAACGCCUUCACCCCGACCACCGAGUAUCCUAACGUUCUCUGCAUUGCUGGCGGCGUUGGAAUCACUGGUAUCCUUCCCGCUCUCAACAGUUCCUUGUCCAUGUUCGCCCGCCCCCUCGGAACCACCAAACUGUACUGGGGUAUCAAGGACAGAGGCCUGGUAGAUGCCGUAAAGAGCAUGAUUGUGGGCGAUUCUAAGGACGGAGAGAAGGGUGACGAAACCAACUGGGGCCAUGUCGAAUCUCAUGUGACGAUCGGGUCGCGGAUGAACAUCAGGCAGGUACUAUCCGACGAGUUGGAGAACACUCCUGGUGGAACUAUAGUGGUUGUAUGCGGUCCCCAUGCCAUGUGCGACGAGGCUCGAUACGCGUGUGCUGGCUUGGCUCGGCAUGGAGCGAAGGUUCGCUAUGUCGAGGAGUCUUUCUCUUAG